AUGUACAAGACUCAAUUGAUCAAGAGUAAACAACAAUUGUUACAGUUAAGAUCAUUGUCAUCUUCUGCCACUUGUUUGAAAUUUGCUGACAUUCCAUUGGCUCCACCUGACAAGAUCUUGGGUAUUACCGAAGCUUACAACAACGAUUCUAAUCCUAAAAAGAUCAAUUUGGGUGUUGGUGCUUAUAGAGACAACUCGGGUAAACCAAUCAUUUUCCCAUCAGUUAAAAAGGCUGAAGAAAUUUUAUUGCAAAAGGAGACGGAAAAGGAAUACACUGCCAUUAUUGGAUCUAAAAACUUCCAAUCCAUUGUCAAAAACUUCAUCUUCAACAACUCCAACAAAGACGUCAAUGGUAAACAAUUGAUUGAUGACGGUAGAGUUGUUACUUCUCAAACCAUUUCUGGUACAGGUUCUUUAAGAGUUAUUGCUGACUUUUUGAACAGAUUUUACACCAACAAAAAAAUCUUGGUUCCUAAACCAACUUGGGCUAAUCAUGUUGCUGUUUUCAAAGACGCUGGUUUAGAACCAGAGUUUUACAACUAUUAUGAAACUAGCAAGAAUGAUUUGGACUAUGAAAACUUGAAAAAGUCAUUACAAUCACAACCAGAGGGGUCCAUUGUCUUGUUGCAUGCCUGUUGUCACAACCCUACUGGUAUGGACUUGACCAAUGAACAAUGGGAUGAAGUAUUGCAGAUCAUUCAGGAUAAAAAAUUUUUCCCUCUUGUUGAUAUGGCUUACCAAGGUUUUGCUAGUGGUAAACCAUACAAUGAUAUUGAAUUGAUUAGAAAAUUGACUAAAUUGGCCAAUGAAAACAAGAUCCCUACUUUUGCCUUGUGUCAAUCAUUUGCUAAGAAUAUGGGGUUGUAUGGUGAAAGAACUGGUUCAAUUUCAAUCAUCACUCCUAAUGCUAAGGAAUCCAAGGCAAUUGAAUCACAAUUGAAGAAAUUGAUUAGACCAAUCUAUUCUUCUCCACCAAUUCAUGGAUCUAAGAUAGUUGAAGUUAUAUUUGAUGAAUCUAGUGGGUUAUUACCUCAAUGGUUGCAAGAAUUGGAUAAAGUUGUUGGAAGAUUGAACAAUGUUCGUCAAAAGUUGUAUGAUAACUUGGACAAGUCCAACUACAACUGGGACCAUUUGUUGAAACAAAGAGGUAUGUUUGUCUACACUGGUUUAUCUCCCGAACAAGUGAUCAAAUUGAGAAAUGAUUAUAGUGUUUAUGCUACUGAAGAUGGUAGAUUCAGUAUUUCAGGAAUCAAUGACAAUAACGUUGAAUACUUGGCCAAUGCUAUUAACGAAGUUGUUAAAGGAAACUAA